AUGUUGAAACAAACUUUGAUUAGAUCAUUGAUAAAUUAUCGUACUCCUAGAAUAAUUAUUCGAAAUAUGUCUAAAUCAGAUUCAGAAUGGAGAGCAAUUUUAUCUCCUGCUCAAUUUAGAGUUUUACGUGAAGGUGGCACUGAAGCUCCCUAUGUUGGCGAAUAUACAAAUACCCCAGCAUCUGAUGUUGGAUAUUAUGAAUGUGCUGGUUGUCAAACUCCAUUGUAUAAAGCAAACACUAAAUUCAAGGCCCAUUGUGGUUGGCCUGCAUUUUAUGAAGCAUUGCCUGGUGCGGUUAAGAUUUAUAGAGAUACUUCACAUGGAAUGGUUAGGGAAGAAAUGAGAUGUGCUAAUUGCGAUGGACAUUUGGGUCAUAUAUUCAAAGGGGAGGGUUAUCAAACACCUACAGAUGAAAGACAUUGUGUGAAUAGUAUUUCUCUAAAAUUCAAUCCCGAAGAUCCCAAACCAAAAGCCUAA